GGAAACCGGAGGUGUGUGUUUGUUCUGCUGCUGAUCAACUAAUUAGCUAACACUAAACCAUUUUCCGUUUUUACAGCAAAUUAUUGAGUUUCUUAAAUUAGCUCCCCAAAGUAAAGCAGCUGAUUUCAUCGUGUUUCCAUUCAAGAACAUGAAGGACGACAAUCAGAGUCUGAUGGCGGCUCUGUCUGAGAAAAUGCUGACAGUCAGUAUGUUACUGAGUGUCUUCUUCAUCCCAGGUGUUUUUGCAGGUGAUUCGGCUGGUUGUCCCAAUCCAGAUCUUGUUGCUGACAUACCUCGGAAGAUUGAAGCUCUGAGUGGAUCUUGUUUGCAAAUCCCAUGUAAAUUCAGUUCAACACAUUAUACAUUCAACAACAGGAGACCCAUCUAUGGAGUUUGGUUGAGAACUAUUUCAAAUCUGAAUCGCAAUCCAGAGGCUGUUAUCUUCAACAGCAGUGGGUCAGUUAACACAUUUUCACUGAAAAUGACUGGAAACCUGAGUGAGGGAGACUGCACCACUCUGUUUCCUGUCUUAAAGACGAGUUAUACUGACAAAUACUUCCUACGGAUUCAUAAAGGGACAUAUAUGGCAACAGCUGAAUGUCAUCCUCUUAAUAUAACAGUUAAGGAUUCUCCAUGGAGUCCCAGCAUUAAUAUCUCUGGUGGUGACCUGAAGGAGCAUCAGUCUGUCACUGUAACCUGCUCAGCUUUCACUCCGUGUCCACAAUCACCUCCUGAACUCACCUGGAAUCUCCAACAAGACUCUCUCAAACAAACAGAGAAAAACACAGAGGGAAUCUUUACAACUAAAAUCCAGAAGAACAUCACUCUGUCAGACACACAUGAUGGAUACAACAUCAGAUGUUCUGCCAGAUAUCCUGUGAUUGGAGGAAACAAGACAGUAAACACAGAAGUGACUCUCAGUGUUUCAUAUGCUCCUAGAAACACCUCAGCAUCCAUCAGUCCAUCAGGUUUGGUGUCAGCAGGUAGCUGGGUGGAGCUGAACUGCUCCAGCAGAGCCAAACCUCCACCCAGCUUCACCUGGUUCAGGAACAGCACAAAUGGAGCCAUGAAUGUGUCUGGACAAGUUUAUGGCUUCAAUGCUACUGAGAGAGGAGAGUAUUACUGUGUGGCUACAAAUGAUCUGGGAAAUCAGACAUCAUCAUUGAUCCCUGUGAAUAUGAUCAACAAACAGAUAGACACAACUACAGUUCUUCACUGGCUGCCCGUUGUGGCCGGGUGUAUUUGUUUCAUCUGUCUCAUGGCCAUUGCUGCUUGGUUGUGCAAGCUCAGACGUUCAACUCCUCAACAGACUAAGCAAAGAAACGAGGAUCCUGCUUUCCCAAUGAGAGCUGAAAAGGCAGAGGAAGAACUUUAUUACGCAGAGCUGAACUUCCUCCCAGCUUCCUACUUCCUCCCAGCUUCCUCCGCCUCCGAUCAGGACGGAGAGCAGCAGGAGACGCUGUACGCAGAGGUGAAAGUGUCUGCUGACGGUCUGGAGGGUCUCUAUGCCGAAGUGAACAAAAAAGAAGAUAGUUUUUCGUUCUGAGCUGUAUUUUUUGUUUUUGUUUGCAGAAAAUGUUUGUCCAUUUCAAACGCAACAUCUGUAAUCUUAACAUUUGCAAUUUCGCUGUUGCUUAGUUGUAGAUUUAACCCAUGAGUCGCUGUCACAAAAUAAAGACUGGAGUGGAAGCACAGAGAGAGAGAGUUUCAUGUCUGCUGACUUUGAAUUUGAUGAUAAGAACAUUCAGCUUCAGCUUGAAAUCGAACAGUGAUGCACCUUAAGCAUAAUAUGUAUAAAUCAGCAAAUGUUUAAAAAAAAUGUUGAUUACAUUUUCUGUAAUUGUACAUAUUUGUUAAAUAUCUGCCUUUGUUUUCGUUUGGUUGAAAGAAAAUAAGAAUGUGUCAAUGUUCAUUUUUUACUGUUUAUUUGACAAAUGAAUCAAAGUGUACAUCCUGAAAUGUUCUGAGGAAAUACUUUUCUGAUUAAGUUUGUCAUUUGUUUUAGUUUAUUUUUUUUUAUGUCCUUCUAAAUUUAAAAUA